UUCUUCUCUACUCGUGUGGUGUCUAUGUGUGGUUAUUAUAUAGUUUCGGUAAAUGCUAAAAUUUUUAUUGAAUUGAAUAAAUUGGAACACGAGUACCAUUUUUCUCUAGUAUACGUUUUCGUGUCAUGUGCUUCAUCAAAUUAAAAUAAUGGACAAGAUUCCUAGGACACAUGAAGCUAUUGAAGCUCAGAUACGAGAAAUCCAAUCAAAGAAAAGUGAAUUGCCAGAGAAUGGUUCCAACAAAGGUGUUUCUCUAGGAGAGACAUACUAUGACAGUGAUAUCUAUGAUAAUGCGGGACAAGGUGGCAAGUCCAGAUACGAUGGUUACGUGACAUCCAUUGCUGCCAAUGAUGAAGUGGAAGAUGAUGAUGUUGAGAAUAUACCUAUCACUCAAAAGAGGUCAGGUUACACUGCCCCAGCUUCCUUGCUCAAUGAUAUUGCACAGAGUGAUAAGGAUUAUGAUCCUUUUGCUGAUAAAAGAAGACCAACUAUUGCGGACAGAGAAGAUGAGUAUCGCCAAAAGAGGCGUCGGAUGAUUAUUUCUCCAGAGCGUACUGACCCAUUUGCUGAAGGUGGAAAAACACCGGAUGUUGGGUCCAGGACUUAUACAGAGAUUAUGAAAGAGCAAUAUCUACGAGCUGAAGAAACUGAGUUAAGAAAAAAGCUGCUGGAAAGGGCUAGGGAAGGUACCCUUAAACCGGUUGCUCAAUCCAAUGGUGAAGGUGUGAAGCCAGCUUCUAAACGCAAGGGACGCUGGGACCAAAGUUCUGAAGAUACACCAGUAGCUAAGAAGACUGUCUCUGCUACACCAACCUCUCAAACUACACCAUCCUGGGAUCAAGAGAGAGGGGCAUGGGAAGAAACACCUAGUGCUCCAGGUCGCGGCGGCGAGACCCCGGGAGCGACUCCGUCGGCGCGCGUGUGGGACGCCACGCCCGGCCACAUCACGCCCGGACACGCGACGCCCGGCCGGGACACGCCCGCGCAGCACGCCUCCCGCCGGAACCGCUGGGACGAGACGCCCAAGACAGACAGGGAAACCCCUGGACACAACAGUGGUUGGGCUGAAACCCCCCGCACAGAUCGCGGUACUGGCGUAGACACUAUCCAAGAAACUCCGACACCUGGCACCAAGCGCCGUUCACGAUGGGACGAGACGCCUGGAGCCACUCCUGCUGCGGCCACGCCCACUCCUUCGCACGCCACGCCCACGCACACCACGCCUUCUCACGCCACGCCCUCACAUGCUACGCCCACUCCUCAUACGCCUAUGUUCACACCCGGAGGAUCUACACCAGUUGGAAUGAAAGCGAUGGCCAUGGCUACGCCGACGCCGGGCCACGUUGCAGCUAUGACUCCUGAACAACUGCAGGCCUACCGCUGGGAGAAAGAAAUUGACGAAAGAAACCGUCCCUACACUGAUGAAGAGUUAGAUGCCAUGUUCCCACCUGGGUACAAGGUUUUACCGCCCCCUGCCGGUUAUGUUCCGAUUCGGACCCCGGCUCGAAAGCUGACGGCAACCCCUACUCCACUGGGUGGUACCCCUAUCGGCUUUUUCAUGCAGACGGAGGAACUGGGAGGCUCGGCCGCCGCCGCCGCGCGGCUGCUCGACCCGCAGCCCAAGGGUAGCCAGCAACUGCCCUUCAUGAAACCAGAAGACGCGCAGUACUUUGAUAAACUGCUCAUUGACGUCGACGAGGACACUCUCUCCCCUGAUGAACUUAAAGAGAGGAAGAUCAUGAAACUUCUUUUAAAAAUUAAGAACGGCACCCCGCCAAUGUGCAAAGCUGCACUUCGUCAAAUAACAGACAAGGCUCGUGAAUUUGGUGCGGGACCGCUAUUUAACCAGAUCCUCCCAUUGCUUAUGAGUCCUACUUUGGAAGACCAAGAAAGACAUUUACUUGUUAAAGUUAUUGAUAGAAUUCUGUACAAGUUAGAUGAUUUGGUCCGUCCGUAUGUACAUAAGAUCCUUGUCGUAAUUGAGCCCCUUCUGAUUGACGAAGACUACUACGCACGUGUUGAAGGUCGAGAGAUUAUCUCGAAUCUGGCUAAAGCCGCUGGUCUCGCUACUAUGAUUUCCACAAUGAGACCUGAUAUCGACAACAUUGACGAAUACGUCCGUAACACCACUGCUAGGGCCUUCGCUGUAGUUGCAUCUGCAUUAGGUAUUCCAUCUCUUCUGCCCUUCUUGAAAGCUGUGUGUCGGUCAAAGAAGUCUUGGCAAGCCAGGCACACUGGAAUAAAAAUUGUUCAGCAAAUCGCUAUUCUAAUGGGUUGCGCUAUAUUGCCCCAUCUUAAAUCUUUGGUGGAAAUUAUUGAACAUGGAUUGGUGGACGAGCAACAAAAAGUGCGUACGAUCACAGCUUUAGCGAGCGCCGCCCUCGCCGAGGCCGCCACACCGUACGGUAUCGAAUCAUUCGACUCCGUACUCAAGCCCCUCUGGAAGGGUAUCAGAACCCACCGUGGUAAAGGUCUAGCUGCCUUCCUCAAGGCUAUCGGCUACCUCAUCCCUCUCAUGGACGCCGAAUAUGCUAACUAUUAUACUCGAGAAGUGAUGCUCAUUCUCAUCCGUGAGUUCCAGUCCCCAGACGAGGAAAUGAAGAAGAUUGUGCUAAAGGUCGUGAAACAGUGUUGCGGUACAGAUGGUGUGGAGCCACAGUAUAUAAUGGAUGAAAUUCUGCCACACUUCUUCAAACAUUUCUGGAAUCAUCGCAUGGCCCUCGAUAGACGUAAUUACCGCCAGCUCGUUGAUACCACGGUUGAAAUUGCUAACAAAGUUGGUGCUUCUGAAAUAAUUAACAGAAUCGUUGAUGAUCUCAAAGAUGACAAUGAGCAAUACAGAAAGAUGGUGAUGGAAUCCAUUGAAAAAAUUCUUGCUAACUUGGGCGCAGCUGACAUCGAUUCUAAGCUUGAAGAGGCUCUUAUUGAUGGUAUACUGUACGCGUUCCAGGAGCAAACUACUGAGGAUGUAGUCAUGUUGAACGGAUUCGGUACGAUAGUAAACCAAUUGGGCAAGCGCGUGAAGCCCUAUUUGCCACAGAUCUGCGGUAUUAUAUUGUGGCGCAUGAACAACAAAUCAGCCAAAGUCCGUCAGCAAGCUGCCGAUCUUAUUUCACGUAUUGCAGUUGUCAUGAAGACAUGCCAAGAGGAAAAGUUAAUGGGGCAUCUUGGCGUGGUACUUUACGAAUACUUAGGAGAAGAAUAUCCUGAAGUAUUAGGUUCAAUUCUGGGCGCUUUAAAGGCUAUCGUAAAUGUGAUUGGUAUGACGAAAAUGACGCCUCCCAUAAAAGAUUUACUGCCCAGAUUAACACCUAUUCUCAAAAACAGACACGAAAAAGUGCAAGAAAAUUGCAUCGAUUUGGUUGGACGUAUUGCAGACAGAGGACCCGAGUUUGUCUCAGCAAGGGAAUGGAUGAGGAUUUGUUUUGAGUUGCUUGAAUUGCUAAAAGCUCAUAAAAAGGCGAUUAGAAGAGCGACUGUAAAUACAUUUGGUUAUAUUGCUAAGGCGAUUGGUCCCCACGAUGUGUUGGCUACUUUGCUAAAUAACUUGAAAGUGCAGGAACGUCAGAACCGAGUGUGUACAACGGUCGCUAUUGCUAUAGUCGCAGAAACUUGCUCGCCAUUCACAGUAUUACCAGCUCUGAUGAAUGAAUACCGCGUACCUGAACUGAACGUACAAAACGGAGUGUUGAAAUCGCUAUCCUUCUUAUUCGAGUACAUUGGAGAAAUGGGCAAGGACUACAUUUACGCAGUUUGCCCAUUGUUAGAAGAUGCUCUUAUGGACAGGGAUCUGGUACAUCGACAGACGGCGUGUGCAGCCAUUAAGCAUAUGGCUCUAGGAGUCUACGGCUUUGGAUGCGAAGACGCCCUGGUGCAUCUACUGAACCAUGUGUGGCCGAACAUCUUCGAAACUUCGCCGCAUUUAGUGCAGGCAUUCAUGGAUGCCGUAGAAGGCAUGAGAGUCGCGCUUGGUCCCGUUAAAAUUCUACAAUAUGCUCUACAGGGACUAUUCCACCCUGCGAGGAAAGUUCGUGACGUGUACUGGAAAAUCUACAACACCCUGUACAUCGGAGGACAAGACGCACUGGUCGCUGGAUACCCAAGAAUACAAAACGAUCCAAAUAAUCACUAUUUAAGAUAUGAAUUAGAUUAUUUGCUCUAACAUAAUAAGUAUGAUGGUGUACUACAUUUAUGGUAUAGUUUUGUUUAAUUCCUAUAGUAUCAGAAAUUACGUGGUUCAUUUUAGAGCAACAACCAUACUAAAAUGACAAAAUAUUAUUACGAAAGCAAAUGUUGUCAAUACUAGACUUUAUGUUCACCACUUGAUAGCAAUAAUUUUACUUUGCCAUUUCAAAGUGAAGAGGAGUAAAGCAAAAGUGGGGCUGUUGCUCUAGAAAAGAACUUCAUCUAUAUGAAGUAAGCCAGGUUUUCAGUUAAAUAAAAAUGCAUUAAAUUA